AUGAAUAUAUCAUCUUUACAAAAUUUCUUAUCAGGAUCAACACGUAAACGACCAGUAUUCGAUCGUAUCGAUAAAGAAAAUAUUCCAAUACUUACUGAUUCGGGUAUUCCAUCAAAACAACCACGUGUUGCACUUGGAUCAGCAUUAGUUGAUAGUAAUUUAUUUAACUUAAUUCCAUAUUCACCACCAGAAGAUUUUAUUAUUAAAACAGUUGAUAGUAAGUAG